AUGACCGAUCAAAUUAAAUUUAUCCUUCAGAAACGAGCGUCAUUAAAAUCACAAAUUACGGGUCUAACAAACAUAAUCGAACGCGAACGAUAUGAUAAAACCGCGUUAAAGUUGCGUAUGACACGAAUCACAGAAUUAUACCAUGCCUACGAAGAAUUUAAUGACGAGCUCAUGCUCUUAGAGUCAAACGACAAUCACAACGACAAAUUCACAAGCGUACAAGACAGAUAUUAUUUGUUAACCGCCAAGGUUAAUGAAAUUGUAAAGCCGAACGAGCCGCCGCCCGACGCAAUCGCCGGACCCUCGAACGUCGUAUUAGCCACCGAAAACGCGGGAAAUACUGUGACCACAAAACGAAAAAUAAAACUACCGGAAACAGCUUUACCGACCUUUGAUGGCCGAUAUGAAGAGUGGCUAACGUUUAAAAAUACUUUCCUCGAAAUGAUAGACGUACGAACGGAUCUCGCCGAUACGGAGAAACUGCAAUAUCUGAAAUCCGCAUUAAAAGGCGACGCAGCCAAUAAGAUCAAACUCUUAACCAUCGAAGGCGCGAGCUACAGUAAAGCGUGGGAAUUGCUGACUCGUGCAUACGAAGUAAAACGAAUUUUGAUUUCGCGACACCUCACGCUGCUCAAUAAUUUACCCACGUUAGAAAAGGAGACCACGGAUGGCCUGACUAGACUUGCCGACGACACGCAGCAACAUGUCGCAUCAUUGAACGCGCUAGGGGUCAAUAUGUGGCAUCUGAGAGUUUAG